GCCAUGUUGUGGUUUUAAAUGAGGAAGAAGCGGGAGAGGUUUAUCGUGGAAAAUAAGUUUAUGUGCUCGUUUUCAUACAGAGCGUUACGUACCGCUCCCGAGCCGCUUCAAUAAAAUUAACCACAGACAGUCACAGACGCAGAAGCCUGUUCGAGGUAGUUAAGAUAGACGAAAUAUAUCCGUUCGUUACUUAUCGGUGGUAUUAGCAUCGCAAGCUAAGUAGCUAGUUAGCUAGGUAGGUAGUUGUGAAGAGGUUAAGCUUGGUUUAGGUUAGCGAGCUAGCUAGCUAGGUCUAGCGUUUACUGGAAAUGAGGAUUAGGCUAGGAAGCUAACAAAGCUAGUUAGCAUUUGGUAACUCCGGCUACUAGCAUGCGAGCUGCGGGCGGGAGUUCGUUGGCGUUAAAUGUAUCUGACUUGUGUGGAUUUAGGAGUUUCCUCUAAUGAGCUUCAACAUGUUCAAUAAAUUCUACGAAUGGAUAGAAAGUGGAUUAGCAACUCUUCGUAACGGAGUGCCGGCUGCUGGAGAUCCGACCGCCAGCGUCCGAGUUCAACAAGACGCUCCUUCACAGAGAAAAAGACCACUGGAGAGUCUGGAAGAUGGGGAUGCAAUUUACCAUGAAGAGGAUAGAGCUGUCAAAAAGUUUAGAAUGGGAGAUAUUGUGGACACAAUGAAGAAUGCUGCGGAAGGGAUGAAGACCCAUGGCUCCAGUGUGGCGUCGUGGAUGUGCAACAGCGUCAGUCCAACAUUGAGGAACAUGCUACCUGCUUCCCCUGGCCCACCUCAAAGUCAAAUAUUAUCACCUAAUGCAACCAAUUCACUGGGAACCAUGUGGACUGAAAGCAAGUUUGUUGGAAGACCACAUGAAACAAGCAAGAACACAUUUGUUGUUCCAGAGGCAGCUUCUGAAUGGAAGACCAUUAAAUCAGACUCUUUAAGAACAGAAUCAUCAGUGACCUUAUCAAAGGUCAGCAAACAACACGUACCUGCAAGCUUUCCACCCCAUGAGACACACAAAACCAAUGGCCACCCAGUUACUACCUGCACUUCAAAACCUUGCCCGUCUCUUCGUCUCGGACGUCCUCUUUAUGUCAGAGCACAAAGAUCACCAAGUCGAUUCUCAACGCCUGGGCCAAGCACAGGGAGCAUAUCUUACACCAGCAUGUAUGAGAAAACCUUUCCCAUUCGAGUAGUGCAGAAUCCUUCUCCUGGCUCCACCAGCCGUCACUGGAGAGGCAGAACUCGCUGCACAGCACAAGAAUCGGUCCGUGAGGAGGAGAAGGAGGUAUACAGGCAGUUACUAGCCAUGGUGUCUGGCAGCCAGUCAUCAUUCUUCCAUGAUUGUACUUCUAACCCAACGAUGCGCUCACAUCGAGAUUUUUCCAGUUUCCUGACAUCAAGUCGCAGGUUGCAGUGUGCCUCACCAGCAGGCUCAGGAGCAGGAGAGUCCUCUCUCGGUUUAUCCAGCCUUUCUCCUAGUCCCCAGAGCGUGAGCGCAGUUCACAGCCCUUCUGCACUCUCCAACGGGCCUGAAAUACUGUCAUGGGAUCCUGAUUCAGAUGGCAAAUACAUUGCAAGAAAAACAGUGUUAGCUGAGCAAUCAGUGCCCUCACCAGCAGCUCUUCAAGAUACUUCUUCUCAGGACACACAGUCUUCUGGUGUGCACUCGGCUCAUGACGGGGAUUCUGUCAUUUUUGUCGAGGAGCAACAUGGCAAAAGACCAGAGGGCUCUAGCAUGCCGUGUUUCCAAGCCGAACUGUGGAUCAAAGAACUGACAAGCCUUUAUGAUGCUCGUGCACGGGAAAGACGGAGACUAAUCGAGGAGCAAGAGGCUCUGACGUUUCAGCUUCUGCAUAAGCGUCUUUCCGGUGAGGGUAGACCAGAUUUAAGAAGUGUGGAACUGCGGGUCCGGGUCCCUCUAGAAAACGAGGUUCCUGUGGCACCUGUUGAGGAACCAGAGCCUGAAGCAGAGGAACAGGAAUUCCCAGAGUUGACUGAGGCCAUGGAAAAUGCAGUGAGCCGGGCACUAAGAGGAGGAAGUCAAGAUGAUGUGCUCAGUGAGGGAUUUCGCCUCACCAUCACCAGGAAGGAUCUACAGACCCUCAGCAACCUCAACUGGCUCAACGAUGAGGUGAUAAACUUCUAUAUGAACAUGCUGGUUGAGAGGAGCAAGUCACCCCACUUGCCCUCUGUCUACACCUUCAACACCUUUUUCUUUCCCAAGCUGCGUAGUUCUGGAUACUCAGCUGUACGGCGCUGGACUAAGAAGGUCGACAUUUUUUCUGUGGACAUUAUCCUGGUACCUGUCCACUUAGGAGUGCACUGGUGUCUCUCUGUAGUGGAUUUCCGCAAAAAGACCAUCACAUAUUUUGAUUCCAUGGGUGGGAGCAAUGACGAGGCCUGUCGGAUUUUGCUAAAUUAUUUGAAGCGAGAAAGUGAAGACAAAAAGAAGCAAGCGUUCAAUACCUCAGACUGGAUCCUUCAUAGUAAAAGACGCAACGAGAUUCCUCAGCAAAUGAAUGGCAGUGACUGUGGGAUGUUUACAUGCAAGUAUGCUGAAUACAUCACCAAAGACAAACCGAUCACAUUUACACAGAAACACAUGCCGUAUUUUAGGAGGCGGAUGGUUUGGGAGAUCUUGAACCGGAAACUUCUACGAUAAUAUUGCUUUGUGAACUCACCCAGGAAAGCAAUGACAUGAGGCUCUAUCUCAGAGGGUUUUUUAAAAUUGUGCUUGAUACCUCAGAUUGGAAACUUGAGUGAGAAACAAACAGAAAUGGCGCAAUGACAAAGCCCAAGUGUUUUUCCUCCUAAUAAUUUUGCCAUGUUCCCCUCUGCAACAUUCAGCAUCUACCUGGCAUGCUUUUGGUUCUGAGUUUUGGAGAGAUAUAUAUACCUUUAUUAUUAUUUUUAAUUUUAACUUUUUUUUUAAACAUUUUAUUUUUUUUUUUAAACUGAAAAAAACUGAAUUUUUUUUUUUUUUUUUUUUUUUACUCAAAAGUCAAUUAUUAAUAUCUUAAUGUUCUAUAUUUUUUUCCAUCAAUACAAACUUGAAAAGAAACUUGUUUAAUGCAGAAGGUGGCAGCUUGGGACCAACAGCUGUUUGCUUUCAAACAGUAAGCAAACUAAACUAAAUCUGACAAUCUCAACUUUUGUAAACCAAGGAAACAAAUGUACAAAAAAAACACUAUUUUUGAUGUCAAGACAUUUGUAUUUUGCAAAACAUUUCUGACUAAACGUGCCACAACGUUUUAGUUUUUUUUUUUUUUUUACAGAUUAGCCUAAUUGAAUUGGGCUCCUGUUUCUCCAGAGGUCUAAUUUACAGCAGUUAUGAUUUCAGUCUGAUUAUUAUUUUUUUAUAUGAAGGUUUGUUCGGCUGAGACUCCACAUUUCCUAUGGCUAUUUUUUGCUGCAGGAUGGGACGGGCGGCAGCGUGGCAAAACAGAUCAGCAUAAUUUAUCUAUACAGAGGUUAGCGUAGGGCAACUUGAACUGUAAAUAGAACCAGCAGUCUAGCAUCCUCCCAUUUUAUAUCAACCCCAGAGGAUAUUCGCCUCUCUUUAUCUAAGUGUACUAUAUUUAGAUACUUGCAGCCGUUUCUAGUUUUGUCUCCACUAUAUUUGCAAUUAUUGUACAUAACGUGUCUACACAGAUUAAUUGAAGUCAUAUUUAAUACAUUUUUUGUACCUUUUUAUUAUUGUUUUGUAUGUAGAUCUGGUCUUUCCAGAAAUAAAAACCCGAGGCUGUGUGUUCUGGCUUGA